CUGUCUGGGGAGGUCUCUAAGCCUCCUGCCCGCCUGUCCCCGCAGCUGUUUGAGGGCAUGAAGGCAUUCAAAGGCAAGGACCAGCGGGUACGCCUCUUCCGCCCCUGGCUCAACAUGGACCGGAUGCUGCGGUCAGCCCUGCGCCUGUGCCUGCCGGGUUUCGACAAGCUGGAGUUGCUGGAGUGCAUCCGGCGGCUCAUCGAAGUGGAUAAGGACUGGGUCCCCGAUGCUGCCGGCACCAGCCUCUAUGUGCGGCCUGUGCUUAUCGGGAACGAGCCUUCGCUGGGUGUCUCCCGUCCCACGAGAGCGCUCCUAUUCGUCAUUCUCUGCCCUGUGGGUUCUUACUUCCCUGGAGACUCCAUGACCCCGGUCUCCCUUCUGGCCGACCCAGCCUUCAUCCGGGCCUGGGUGGGCGGGGUCGGCAACUACAAAGUUGGGGGGUAAGUAGCAUCCCCAACCCCAGAACCCACUGGUGCAUUGGGUGUCGGAGACACAGGGACUAGUGUGCGAGCUUUGGCUGUGCCUCUGGAAGUCCACUGCCCGCGCUUCACAUGAAGGUGGCAUCACUUGGCACCGUGUGGGGCUCGGUGCUAAGUGCUGUGCUCCCCCCACCUCCCUGGUCUCUGAAAACAAACCAUGGAAGGCAGGAGGAGGGGAUUAUUUUCCGGAUGGGCAAAAAGGCUCACAGAUGGGAAAGGAUUGGGUGGAGGUCCCCGGGAAGCCUCCAGGAAUGAAGCUUACACUCAGCUCAUUGGUCUCUCCCCCAGAAGGCUCCCCUGAUCCCCCAGGCUGGACCGCACUCCCCAUACCCAGCUCCCACAGUGGGUUUGAGCCUCCAAAGCCCCUCAGCCCCGCUUGGACUUUAUGUGUAAAUCUGUCUCCCCAGUGGGCUCGGCUCAGCAGGGCAGGGAGGAGACAGCUGGGUCUCUUGGGCAGCCAAGGCAGAGGGUAGGCACUGGCGUGUUGGGGUGGGAAUAUGGCCCGAGCGGGGGGUUAGUUCAGGUCUUUUCCGCACAUCCUGUGCGGCCUCCUGAGGGCCAGGCCCUGCGCUGGCAGAAGCUGGGGACACAGAUGAGUCAGGCCCCGAGCCGCAGGGGCCCCCAGGCUGGUGGGAGCCCCAAUAUUUGGAGCUGCAUGUUUUCUGGUUG